AUGAUGGACGGCCGCCUCCUGGAGCACCCGCAUGCCCAGUUCGGGGGCUCGCUGGGCGGCGUGGUGGGCUUCCCCUACCCGCUGGGCCACCACCACGUGUACGAGCUGGCGGGCCACCAGCUGCAGUCCGCCGCCGCCGCCGCCGCCGCGGUGCCCUUCUCCAUCGACGGCCUGCUCAGCGGCUCGUGCGCCGCCGCCGCCUCGGUGGUCAACCCCACGCCGCUGCUGCCGGCGGCCUGCGGGGGUGGCGGCGGGCAGCAGCGCGGCGGGCGGGUCUGGCGCGGGCCGGGGCUGAGCCGCAGCGUCCUGUGCUCGCCUGCAGACGCGGGAGACCCGGACAAGGAGAGCCCGGGCUGCAAGCGGCGGCGCACCCGCACCAACUUCACCGGCUGGCAGCUGGAGGAGCUGGAGAAGGCGUUCAGCGAGAGCCACUACCCCGACGUGUUCAUGCGCGAGGCGCUGGCGCUGCGGCUCGACCUGGUCGAGUCCCGCGUUCAGGUUUGGUUCCAAAACCGCCGAGCCAAGUGGAGGAAGAAGGAGAACACGAAGAAGGGCCCUGGGCGGCCAGCGCACAAUUCGCACCCGACCACAUGCAGCGGCGAGCCCAUGGACCCGGAGGAGAUCGCGCGGAAGGAGCUGGAGAAGAUGGAGAAGAAGAAGCGCAAGCACGAGAAGAAGCUGCUGAAGAGCCAGAGCCGCCACCUGCACUCGCCCGGCGGCCUGUCCAUGCACAGUGCACCCAGCUCCGACAGCGACAGCGGAGGCGGCGGCCUGUCCCCGGAGCCGCCUGAGCCGCCGCCGCCCAACGCAGCGGCCAAGGUCCCUGGGCACAGUGCCGGCUCUGGUUCCGCGCCCGCACCGCCAGGCGAGCCGCCCGCUCCGGGCACCUGCGACCCUGCCUUUUACCCGAGCCAAAGAAGCGGCGCCGGCCCGCAGCUGCGUCUAGGCCGCCCCCUGGACAAGGACCCGGCCCCGUGUGCGCCCGGGGCGGCAGCGGCGGCGGCGGCAGAGCGCAGCGCUUCGGGCCUGCCCAAGGCCAGCCCGUUCAGCGUGGAGAGUCUGCUGUCCGACUCGCCGCCGCGCCGGAAAGCCGCCCCGGCCAACGCCACCGCCGCAGGGCUGGACUUUGCGCCAGGGCUGCCGUGCGCACCGCGGACCCUCAUCGGCAAGGGCCACUUCCUGCUCUACCCCAUCACACAGCCUGUCGGCUUCCUGGUGCCGCAGGCCGCGCUCAGAGGCGGUGCGGGUCCUGAGGCAGCGCCCAAGGAUGCGCCGCCUGCGCCCACCGCACCACCCGCGCCUCCUGCCCAGGCCAGCUUCGGGGUCUUCCCUGGGCCCAGCGGCGCUCCGGAUUCGGCCGACGGUGUCGCCUCCCCAGGAGCCCCGACCCCGGCACCUUUCCGGGACCCAGCUGUGGCCGAGGGCGGCGGCGGGGACUGCUCGGACACGGGGGCCUGUCCAGUGGCCCCACCGCCGCCGCCACUCCCGCAGUCCCCCGGGCCUGGAAGGCCUGGAACACGGGUGCCCAGCCCCACGGGGGAACCAGCCAUUUGUGGGGCCGGGGCCCCUGAGCCAGGCGCCGCGGCAGUAGCCAGUGCCCUGGAUGGUGAGGAAGUGGACAUGGACUGAGGGCGGCCGGAGGCCUAGAGGAGCUCAGCUGCACCGCAGGGGCUCAGCUCCGACUCACGGCAAUCAGGUGAUCGGCUUAGAAACACUGCUUUUUCCUCCCCCCUUCAGCUUGGACCUAGUCAGCAACAGCAGGACUUGGGGUGAGACCCUCCUCCUCUCAAGGGAGGAAAAAGAAAACCUAACCCAUAGUCCCCCAAAACCCAC